UGCGCUCGGGUAACAGCCUCCCCCUGAAAGCCCCACGGCAGAGCCAGCAGCCUAGGUCACAUUGCGCUGGCGAUGCCCAAACUCUGCCCACGUGGCGGGACCCCGCACCUUAAGGCCUGGGGCUAAGCGGCCCCAGCUGCCACCACCAGCCGCAGCCAGAGGCAGGACUCCGCCCUACUUCCCUGCACGGGCUCAGCCCCGCCCCAGCGCGCGAGCCAGAGCCAGGCACGUACUUCUCCGAACCAGAGAGCACCGAUCCCAGCGUGCAACGCGCGCGGACAGCGCUCCGAAGCACUGCACGCUGGGAGUUGUAGUCCCCGGGAGCCGCAUUCCCUCUUCUCUCCCAAGCGCUCUCGGCCUGGAGUCGCCCUUCGAUCGCCCCCCCCCUCCCCCGGGGCGCGGUGACUAAGUUUGGCCCCUGCUCCAUCCCGCACCCCGGUCAUGCGGAGGCUGCUAUCAACUCUCCGAUUCCAUCACGCCCGGCUAUUGGCGGCGGCUGCCGAGCUCCCCGCCCCGGGACAUAGGGCACCGCCGCCUGGCUGGGGGGAGCGGCGGGUAGCGGCGGCCGCUUGGGUGUUGGGCUCGGGCCGCUCUAUGGCGCAGUGCGGGGGCGGCGCAGCGCCCCCACCCUCCCCGGAGGAGGCGCAGGGGUCGGGGGCAGCCGCCGGGGACCCUCCCCCCAGAGCCGGCGAGUCCCUGGAACAUGAUGGGCUGGAAAAUGUGCAGCAAAAAAAUAUCAUUUCAAAAAAAAAGAAAAAGAAAAAGAAAAGAACAAAAAUAAGAAAAGGGUCACAAACUCCUCCUGACUCUAUGGAUUAUUUGAUGGCAGAAAUACCAUUUGCCAGUACAGAUACUGGAGAUGAAUUUGGCAUUACUAGUACAUUUGAAAUAUAUUUUAAAAAGAGGAGAAAAAGAACUACUAGAAGGAAGACUGAAGAAGACGAUCAAACAAAGAAGAAAAAGCAAUAUCAGCCAAACUAUUUCAUCUCUCUUCCAAUUACAAACCCAGAGAUUACAAGAGGUAUUCAGGCUGUCCAAGAUAUAGUUGUACAAAAGGAUCACAGACUUUCCCAAGCAAUGAUUCGUUAUGGCUCCUUACAUGUCACGCUGUUAGUGAUGCAUUUAUCCAAUGAAGAAGAAGUUGGCACAGCAGUUGGUGCUCUUUUAGAAAGCAAAGAUGCAGUAGAAGAACUCCUACAAGGAAAACAUUUGGAUUUAUCAUUUCAAGGAAUUGAUGAUUUUAGAAAUGAAGUUGUAUUUGUGAAGUUUGCAGAGAGUCAUCAUACAGCCGCGCUUACGGAGAUAUCAGAGACCAUGAAGAAGAUAUUUCAAGAAAAGGGCAUCUUGGCAGGAGAAAACAGAGCUUUUAAACCUCACUUGACCUUCAUGAAGCUGUCAAAAUCACCAGAGCUACGUAAGCAGGUGAAAAAAAUUGACCCGCACCUGUAUGAGAAUUUUAAAAGCCACUAUUUUGGAGAUGAAACCCUGUACCGCCUAGAUCUUUGCUCCAUGUUGAAAAAAAAGCAACCCAAUGGCUACUAUCACUGUGAGUCCUCUAUCACGGUUGGGAAGAGCCAUGAAUCAGACUUAAUAAAGAAAGCCUUACACAGAGAAUCGCUGGCCCUGUUAUCAAAACUGAAUAAGAUAAAGGAGCUCUUAUCAAACCCUGAGACACGGAUGAAAAUUAACAGGGAACUGUUUCAAGACAGACAUAAACAGCAGUCGUCAUUAAAAAGUCAUGUUGACUCCAAUUCUCCAGCUAUGUGAUUGUAAAUAGCUAUGGUGUAAAAUCUCAUAUAGUUGUUUUAUGAUGAAAAAUAUUGUUUUUGCAAGUUUUCCAUCUCUUUUUUUAUACAGCCAAUAUAAAUGAAAGCCAAUAUAGUAUGUGGUAUUGUGUUAAAAUACAUGCACAGAAAAGAACAGACUGUUUACUGAUGAGUUACAGUAGCUCUCUAGAUAAAUUUUUGGAUGGAUGGAUGGAUGGAAGAAAGGAAAAAAGUUAAGGAUGCAGGUCUAUGUCAUGAUUCUGCCACAGAAACACUAAUUUCUGAUCAAACACUGUGGCAAUUCUAGAACACAUACUCUCAAAGUGAUUUUUAAAAUGUAUAGCUGAAGAAGGCAUUUUUAAAUGAUUAGUCUUUUCUGUAUAUGCUGGUGUUUUGGGUUGGCCCUGAUUCUUGUUUGUUAGUUAAUCAGCACUUGAAUACACAUGUACACAUGCUGAAAUGUUUUUUCUGCUAUUGUUUACAUGCAAGCAAGAAUGUUUUAAUCUCUCAAGGUAAAGUCCUGGCUCCACUGAGGUCAUUGGCAAAAUUUCCAUCGACUUCAGUGGAGCCAGGAUUUCACCCUCAUUAUUUAUUGUUCAAAUAAUCAUUGUUCAGAAUAUUUGCCUUGUCACUUCUGUGGAAACAAGAUGCUUCUUGUUUUUAUUUCUGUUAUUUCCUCCAUCUCUUUGCCCUCUGCUAUGUGAAAAGGGGUCUGAACCUGUAUUCCAUGUGCACUCAACAUAUCUACUGAGUUCAGUGGAAGUACUGGGUGCACAUACACAAAAAUGCAGGAUUGGGCCCAAUAUUAGCACUUUUUAAGCAUUUGUGGAAACUGCCUACAAUUGUAAAAUCAUCUACUUAAUCAUGCAUUCUGUGAUCAAUAUCAGAUUUGUGCUGGUAGAACUGCAGUAUAAAUAUUAAGGUUUUAUUCAUCAACUAUGAAAUUGUAUUGGUAUUUUAUCUCAUGGAUCAGCUAUUUUUUUCUCAAGUGAUAAAUGAGAGCGUAUUGAAAAAUGCAUUUUAUGUAUUCAAGUCCAUCUUCCUAAUAAAAACAUUUUCUCUUU